AUGUCCGCGGAUGAAGUGAAUGACAAGACGCCCUACGGAGGCGAAGGCGUGUCUUGGGAAGAGGAUGGUCUGGAGGGCGAGGGACCUGAUGACUAUCAGCCCGACAUUCCACUUAGCGACGAGCAAACUCAAGAUCCUAGUUUGACCGGUGCCAACCCUUCAACUGAUUAUGGUGACAAUGGCGAAGAUUUCGGUGACGAUGGCGCCGAGUAUGACCCGGAGGCCAUUAGUGCUCCGCCAGUGCCGGAACCCAAGCCUGCCAAGCCCCAGACCACCGGCGGCUUCAUAAUCCAAGAAGACUCUGAUGAGGAAGAGGAAGAGCAAGGCAGCGCUGCAACUGCGGCUAACGUUCCCGCUGCCAUCUCGGGAGGAGCGGCGAGUGCCCCCACCGAGGCUGUCCCUUCUCAGGACCAAGCGGUACCAUCUGCGUCUCGCGUUCAAGAUCUCCAGGUGACCAAUGGAUCCGCUGCUUCCCAUGCAACAGGCAACCCUCUGCUCCACCCACAGGUGGCCGCCCUAUCGGGUCAGGACACCGUAAAUCGCGCUGCCGUUUUGGAGGAUCGAGUCAAAGCCGAUCCCCGCGGAGAUAUGGAUGCAUGGCUGGGACUAAUCGAGGAGUAUCGUCGUCGUAAUAGCCUAGAUGAGCUGCGCUCGGCCUAUGGGCGGUUCCUCGAGAUUUUCCCCCAAUCGGCUGAGGCCUGGGCUUCUUGGGUAGAAUUGGAGCUCGGUCUGAACAAUUUCGUCGAAGCCGAACGUCUUUUCGGUCGCUGUCUCAUGCUCGCCCCCAACGUUCGACUCUGGACUGUUUACCUGAACUACAUCCGUCGACGGAACGAUCUCAACAAUGAUCCGGAUGGCCGUGCUCGAAAGGUUGUAACUCAGGCUUAUGAAUUUGUCAUUGACACUAUUGGUGUUGAUAAGGAUUCGGCUCAGAUAUGGCAAGAUUAUAUCCAAUUCAUCCGAAGCGGCCCCGGACAAAUUGGCGGAGGAAACUGGCAAGAUCAGCAAAAGAUGGACCAGCUUCGAAAGGCUUAUCAACGGGCUAUAUGUGUUCCCACUUCUGCUGUGAACAAUCUGUGGAAGGAGUAUGAUCAGUUUGAGAUGGGCCUGAACAAGAUGACUGGUCGUAAAUUCAUCCAAGAGCGCUCACCCUCUUACAUGUCAGCUAAGAGUGCCAACAUUGCUCUUGAUAACAUUACUCGAAACCUUAACCGGACCACCUAUCCUAGGCUACCUCCCGCCCCAGGCUUUGAGGGUGAUGUUGAAUUCCUUGAUCAGGUUGAGAUCUGGAAGAAGUGGAUUGCUUGGGAGAAAGAGGAUCCCCUCGUUCUCGAAGCGGAUGAGCCCGCGACUUUCAAGCAGCGAAUCCUACAUUGUUAUCGCCAAGCCCUCAUGGCGCUUCGCUUCGUGCCCGAGAUGUGGGUCGACGCUGCUGAGUGGUGCUUCCGGAAUCAAAUCGCCCAGAACAAUCAGGACACAGGUCUCGAAUUCCUCACCCAAGGGAUUGCAGCGAACCCCGAGAGCGUGCUCCUUGCGUUGAAGCACGCCGACAGGAUCGAAUCGACCCAUGUCGGAGGUGAGAGCGACGAUGCGAAGCGAGAGUUUGCCACCGCUGUCGGACAACCCUACAACAAGGUUCUCGAUAGACUCUACGAUAUGUGCAAAGAUCUCAAAGAGAAGGAGCAGGCAGACGUCGCCCGGGUUGAGCGAAUGUUUGCCGCCAACCCUUCAAACGCCGCAGAGAGCUACGACGAUGAGGAUGAAUAUGACGCGCCCAAGAAUAACGCAGAGAAGGAGAACCGACUCAAGGCUAUUAAGCAAGGCUACGCAGCUCGCGCCGACCUUCUUUCCAAGACUAUAUCCCAUGUCUGGAUCGCUUUGGCUCGUGCCAUGCGCCGGAUCCAGGGCAAGGGUGGUGUUGGUGUCGGCGGCCUUCGACAGGUUUUCGUCGAGGCUCGCAAACGCGGAAAGCUCACCAGCGAUGUGUAUGUGGCAGUGGCUCUCAUGGAAUCGGUAGUUUACAGAGAUCCCGUCGGCGCCAAGAUCUUUGAGCGCGGCAUGACGCUGUUCCCCGAAGACGAGAAUUAUCUCUUGGAAUACCUCAAGUACCUGCACUCCAAGGACGAUACUACGAACGCGCGAGUAGUUUUCGAAACCUGUGUCAACCGCCUCACGCAAAAGCCGGAAACUGUGUCGAGGGCAAAGCCUCUCUAUGCCUAUUUCCACAAAUAUGAAUCCCAGUUCGGAGAGCUCGCUCAAAUAUCCAAGCUCGAGGCGCGUAUGGCCGAACUCUUCCCCGAUGAUCCAAAGCUGGCCAACUUCUCCCAGCGAUACUCGACGCCCAAGUUCGACCCGAUCAUGGCACGGAUCAUUGUCUCGCCCGCCGCCCAGCUGCGACCCAAGAUGGUCAUGCCUUCCAUCGAGCAACCCCCUUCCGCACGCCGGACACAGAGCCCCGUGCCGCCCAUCCACGGAUCCCCUCGUCCUCAAUACAUCCGGGCCACCGCGUCGCCCAAACGGCCAUUCGCGGGAGAUGAGUACGAGGAUCUUAACCGCCCCCGGAAACUGGCGCGAGGCGAAUCGCCUCUCAAGGGGGCCGCAGGCCGCCGCCUCGACCAGCAGCGUCGCGAUCGGAGCUCUGCGUUGCACCGAGAGUUGACUUUCUUCCUGAAUAUCCUCCCUCCUGCCUCUACGUACGAUUCGGCGAGAUUCAACCCGGUAUCGAUGACGAAGCUCCUUCAAACGACGGUGAUUCCAGAUUUUGCAACGUGGAAGGCUUCUCAGGACCGGCAAGGCGGACCCACGCGACACACUGCUGCCGGUUACCCGCCUUACCAGCGGUCUCAAAGCCCGUAUACAGGGGGGGCGGGGCGACCAGGACAUAUCGCUGCCGCCUUUCCGCCACAGCGGCCAAGCUCGCGAGGCUACGAGCACUCGUACAGUGCGCCACCGACCAACUACGGUCAGCCGCAGCAGCAGUAUGGCGGCUACCGGUAUUAA